AUGUCGCCCUCCCCCAUGCGACUGCUGCUGCUGCUGCUGCUGUGGCUCUCAGUGUUGAUGCCCGGCCUGCUGGCCGCGGGAACGCCCAGCCGCAACGCCACCGACAUGGAGCUGCCCAAACAGCGAAUCGAGGCAGUCCGCGCCCCAAUCCUGCCCAAGGUGGGGCAGUCCCGCACCCUGAAUAAGAGGGAGGUGCUGCCCGGUUCAGUGCCAGGGGACACGCUAGUCCAGUACAACAAAACACAAGACCAGGUGGGCAGGAAGAGCGCCGAGGAGAAGCCCCAGCCCCAGGCUGUGUUUGACAUCUUCACUAAGUUCUUCCACAUGCUAAUGGUGGACAGCAACCAUGAAAUCUACAAAAAAUACAAAGAAAGCCGGCACAGUGUCUAUAUGCUCUUCAACACGUCAGAGCUCCGGCAAGUAGUGCCCCAGCCGGUAUUUCUGUCCCAGGCAGAGCUGCACCUGCAAGUGCUCAAGAUACAGAAGGAGCAGCAGGUGGAGCUGUACCAGAAAUACGACAAUUCCUGGCGCUACCUCAAGAGCUGGAAGCUGAACCCCAUAGACACAAAUGAAUGGUUGUCCUUCGAAGUCACCAGGAUUGUGCGGCAGUGGCUGAGACAUGGAGAGGAAAUAGAGGGCUUCCGCCUCAGCGCCCACUGCUCUUGUGACAACAAAAAUAAUGUCCUCCACAUGAACAUCAACGGGAUCAGUUCCAGCCGCCGAGGUAACCAUGCCGCCGCUCAUAGGAUGAACCGGCCCUUCCUGCUCCUUGUGGCUACCCCCCUGAAGAGGGCACUGCAGCUAUUUCGCGCCCAGCACGGCUGCUGGCCCAGAUGCAGCAAUGGCCAGACCUGAGGCAAGCUGAAGCGGGGCGAGAGCUCCAUCUGUCUCCCAUGUGGGUGUCAGGAUCCCAGCUGCUUUAGCCGGGGGCCGCUGCCUCCCAGGAUGUGCAUUAGCCGGAAGCUGGAACCAGAACUGGAACCUCAGCCCACUGAUGCGGGAGCGGACGUGCCACACAGUGCCUGAACCACCGUGCCAGUGCCCUGCCCUGGAAGAUUCUCGCUCUGUGGUUGGUUGAGGCCACGGGUGCAGACCCCUUGAAAGGGAGUUGGGGAGGGGCCGCACGAUCCCUGCACAUGGACGCGGGCCAGUGAGGCCACUCAGAGGCCCUCUUCACUUGGGUCCGGGCUGUGUCCUCUUUCACAGAGUCGCAGGACACUCGUGCCUGUCACCGUGUUUUUCUGUUUUGCUCAAAUGUAGCCUUUUGUUUGUUUUGACCAGUGGGAAAGUCUGCAUUUUCUUUUCUUUUCAAGUUUUAUUCAUUCAUUUGAAAGUCAGAGUUAGAGAUAUCUUCCAUCAGCUGGUUCACUCCCCCAAAUGGCCACACCAUUAAUGGCAGGAGCUGGGCCCAUCAGAAGCGAGGAGCCAGGAGCUUCAUCCCAGUCUCCCACAUGGGUGCAGGGGCCCAAGCACCUGGGCCAUACUCUGCUGCCUCCCCGGGCACAUCAACAGGGAGCUGGAUGGGAAAUGGAGCAGCCAGGACAUGAACUGGCACCCAUAUGGGAUGCCGGCACUGCAGGCAGAGGCUUAACCUACUAUACCACAGUGCUGGCCCCAUAGUCACCCUGUCACCCAGGCGCUCUGGCCCCUUCAGCUCUGAAUGCCUGUGCUGGCACAUAAAGCAGCCGGUGGCUCUGGGCAGUGAGAACUGGCCCUGGGCGGAGCCUGGCACAGAAACCUCUGAGUGCUUAAGGGUAGGCUCUGUUCUCUUAUUCUUUUAAGAUUUAUUUAUUGGUGCAGGCACUGAGGCCCAGGAGGUUAAGCUGCUGACGUCGGUGUAGGCAUCCGAAAUGGGUGCUGGGUGGAGUCCUGGCUGCUCCACUUCAGCUCCAGCUGCCUCCUUGUGAGCCUGGGAGGGCAGCAGAGAACUGUCCCUGGGAGCCCUGGAUGAAGCUCCUGGCUCCUGGCUUGGACUGGGACCAGUGCCGGCUGUUGUACCAUUUUGGGAUCUCUCCCUCUCUCUCUCUUUCAAAUAAAUAAAUAAAUAAAACUUUUAAAAAUAAUUUUAUUCAUUUAUUUGAGAGGUACAGUUACAGAAAGAAAGGAGAGAGGUCUUCCAUCGACUGGUUACUCCCCAAAUGGCCGCAUGGCCAGGCCUGGGUCAGGCUGAAGCCAGGAGCCAGGAGCUUUUUCUGAGUCUCCUACGUGGGUGCAGGGGCCCAAGAACUUGGGCCAUCCUCUGCCGCUUUCUCUGGCCAUUAGCAGGAAGCUGGAUCAGAAGUAUAGCAGCCAGGACUUGAAGUGGCACUCAUGGGAUUUCAGCGUCCCAGGUGGCUUAACCGGCUAUGCCACAGUGCAGGGACCCAUUUUUAUGUUUUAAUUUUUUUUAUUUUGAAAGUUAGAGUUACACAGAGCAAGGAGAGGCAGAAGAGGGAGAGGUCUUCCAUCAGCUGGUUCACUCUCCAAUUGCCUGCAACAGCUGGCGCUGUGCCGAUACAAGGCCAGGAGGCAGGAGCUUCUCCCAGGUCUCCCAUGUGGGUGCAGGGCCCCAAGCACUUGGGCCAUCUUUUACUGCUUUCCCAGGCCAUAGCAGAGAGCUGGGUUGGAAGAGGAGCAGCUGGGAAUAGAACCAGUGCCCAUAUGGGAUGCUGGCGCUUCAGGCCAGGGCCUUAACCUGCUGCGCCACAGUGCCGACCCCCCAUCCAUUUUUAUAUACUUAAUGUUUAUAUAAAGUAUACAUACAUACAUAAACAUUAC